AUGAGCCCAUUGAAUGUUGUCUAUGACACCAGAGAUGUGUUUCAUGGACGUAACGUUUUUGGAACGUGGAAAAAGGAGCAUUUUUGGUGGGAUAGGACCACUUCUAAUCAAGACUACGAGUUCCCACCUUUGGAAAGAUCCAAGUAUGAAAAUCAAGCGAACAUUGCAGCUCUGAACAGCCACAUUGAUUUUGAAAGCUCUACUAUUUGUUUAGGGUUGACCUGGUCGCUAGACGGCACUUCCCUCGUGGCAGUUUUUAACGAUUACGGUAUUCGCCAAUAUUUGUUACCUGAGGAGCCAGGAACGAUGUUGGUGCCCUUCAAGCGGUUUUUUAGAUCGCAGUCUAUUGUGGAGAGCUGCGUGCAUCCACUUUACUCAAUGUUUGGAGGAAAUGAGGGUAUCAAUGUGAUGCUGAUUUCUUCGAAGGAACUGCCUAUCCAGCUUGUCUCACUGUCUCCUCAGGUUUCGGAACAUACGCCGCUGUUUAGCUAUUCGGUGCUGAAUGAAGAGAAUGAAAAGUACGAGACAAUAUUCGCCCUGAGUUUCUAUCGAGAGUCCCAGUUCUUGGCAGGUGCAUCGCGCAAUAAAGUACUGGCAUACGAUCUGAAUCGUAAAUGCCCACUUUGGAGCAGCUCUAUUUCAGGUGGUAGCAGGAAAGACAAAGGCAACAAUCAAUUCACACAUCGAAGUAUUGUCUCUUGUUUCGAUCAAAACAACGGGGUACAACCAUUCUCUGUUAGCUACGGAGCAACGUACAGGAAUGACAUAUUUGGCGUUGACACCAGAAUCAAACAUCUAUUGUCACUUGCAGAUAAAAACACACUUGGCAUAAACAACACUUCUGGCAUUGUUCAACUCAUUUCAAGCGUUAACCAACACUUCCUAUAUGUGGUGAAAAGAAAUAGCGACACAAUUGACAUUUUAGACAUUCGACAGGGACUGUCUAAAAUAAAUGAACUGAAACUCCCGUUCAGAAUUGGUGCUCAGAAGUUCAAGGCCUCUGUGGACUCGACUAAUGGACUUUUGAUCGGUACUGCGGACGGCCGUAUACUAAAAUGGUCCAGCGAUUUGAUCGAGUUUGGCGGGAUUGCCAAGGAAAACUCACCAAUAUUAGAAGAUUGCUUGAAACCUAAUAUUGAUUUCCAAACUGAGUAUCUGGAGUACAGAAUAAAUAUCGUGGCAACCAAUCCGUGGAAUCCUCAUAUUAUUGCAUCUUCGUAUUCACCGGACAAGUUUGACACGGACCAGGAAGCCAAGUCAGGAAUAUCGGUGUUUAGUUUGCAAUAG